GCCAAGCAGCUGGUUGUGCUGUACGCCUCCCAGACCGGUACCGCCCAGGAGAUUGCCAAGAACAUCCAGGCGGAGGCAGAGCAGCGGGGGAUCCAGGGCAGGGUGGCCUCCAUGAAUGAAUUUGGGUUUGACAGCCUCACCGCGGCACACCCCCCUGUGCUGAUCUACGUGGCAAGCUCCACCGGCGACGGGGACGCCCCAGACAACUCCGCCAAGUUCUACGCCACCCUGCGCCGCAAGUCCCAGCCCGGCGGCCUGCUGGCCGGCAUCGCCUUCACCGGCUUUGGGCUGGGCGACAGUAACUACACGCGCUACCAGUAUGUGCCUCGCGCCAUUAAGCAGCGCCUGCUGGACCUGGGGGCUGCGCAGUUCUAUCCCGUGGGAGAGGCAGAUGAGGUUGACGGCAUUGAGGAGGGGGUAGACAAGUGGUUGGAGGGGCUGUGGCCUGCGCUGCGCAAGGCGGUGCAGCCCGAAGGCGCCGCCGAGAUGGCGGGCGUGCCGCCGCUGCCGCGCUGCCGCGUGCGGCUGGUGUGGCGUGAGAGCGGGGACGGCGGCGCGGCAGCGGCGCGUCCCUCCGAGGCGGGCGCGCCAGGUGGCGCCGAGCUGGCGUACCGCGACCCAGACGGGCAGUACAGCUUGGAGCAGCCCUUCUGGGCCCCCGUGCUGCACUUGGAGCUGGACAUCGCCGGCAGCGGCAUGCGCUACGCGCCGGGCGACUCUGUGGGCGUGCUGCCCCGGAACGACCCGGCGCUGGUGGAGGCGCUGCUGCGGCGGCUGGAGCUGGACGGGGAGGCGGUGUUUGAUCAGCAGACGGGCGGCGGGGAGCACCUGCUGCCGCACCUGCGCGCCCCCUGCAGCGUGCGCGCCGCGCUGACCGGCGGCGUGGACCUCACCGGUCCGCCCCGCAAGUCGCUGCUGCGCCUGCUGGCCGAGCACUGCGGCGAGGCGGGGGAGCGCGCCGCGCUGCUGCGUCUCUGCUCCCGCGACGGCCGCGACGACUACGGCCGCCAGAUGGUGGCAGGGCGGCCCUCGCUGCUGCAGCUGCUGCGACAGUUCCCCUCCUGCCGGCCGCCGCUGGACGCGCUGCUCGAUGCGCUGCCGCCGCUGGCGCCCCGCAUGUACUCUCUGAGCUGCUCACCCCUCGAGUGCCCAGACAAGGUGCAAGUUGCCUUCACUGUGGUGCGGUACAGUACCGAGCAGUACGGCCAGCACCAGGGCGUGGCUACCACCUGGCUUCACGGGCUGUGCGAGGCCAUCGCAGCCGGCGCCCAGCCCGCGGCAGCCGCCGCCCUGCGCCUGCCCAUCUUCCUGCGCCGCGGCGGCGCCUUUGGGCCGCCUGACAGCCUGGAGACGCCCCUUAUCAUGAUUGGGCCGGGCACCGGCGUGACCCCCUUUCGCGGCUUCCUGCAGCACCGUCGCGCCCAGGUGGCGGCUGCUGCCGCAGGGGGCUGCGUGGCCGGCGGUACGAGCAGUACAAAGGGCCCCGCCUGGCUGUACUUCGGGUGCCGGCGGGAGGACCAGGACUACCUGUACCGCGAGGACCUGGAGGGCUUCCAAGCCGACGGCACGCUCGACCGCCUGCACGUCGCCUUCUCCCGCGCCCAGGCCCACAAGGUGUACGUGCAGCACCUGAUGCAGCAGCACGCCGCAGAGCUGCACGACAUGAUCGCCAGGCAGGGCGCAAGGGUGUAUCUGUGCGGCGACGGCGCCGGCAUGGCCAGAGACGUGCACGCCUGCCUGGCUUCCAUCCUGCAGCAGCAGGGGGGCCUC